AUGAGAUCGGAUCAUUCAUCGGGUUCCGAUGGCGAGAAUGGAAUUCCUGUUAGCCCAAAGCAUGGACGCCAUGUGCCUGUCAGCUAUGAGGCAACAACGGCCGCUGGAACCAGCCACGAGGCAAACAAUAACCAGAGCCAUGAGGCAGUUGGUAACAAUGGCAGACCUAAUGAUGUUGAUUUGGAGAAUCGAAGCAGGAAACAAAAUAGGAAGGACUGGAAAGGCUUCACAAUUCCAAAACGGGACCAAGCAAAAUCGCGCCAUCGUCAUCGCAAAAGAAGUGACAGUAGCACUAGUAGUUCUCCUUCCGAUAGCUCGUCAUCCAGCUCAAGUAGUGACAGUAGUUCGUCAGAAUCGUCAGUUUCGGAAGAUUGUGAAACCAACAAUUGUACUAUUAGUACUGACAAUCACCUGUAUAAGCGGUUUAAGCCCACAGAUGAUAGGGCUGAACAAGAACUGUCUAACGAACUGCUAGAUUAUGCACAGAUGAAGUGA